GCACAUCUGUUGGAAUCUACUUCUACAGAAGACCAGCUGAAGCAACUAGCCUGUGGGACUGAGCAACUACUAGAUCCUUGGACUUCCAAUUCACAGAUGACCACUGUUGGGGAGUUGGACUACAGAGUGUAGAAAAUGAGCAUCACAGACAUUCUGAGCGCUGAUGACAUUGCAGCGGCCCUGCAGGAAUGCCAAGACCCAGACACCUUUGAACCACAAAAGUUCUUCCAGACAUCGGGCCUCUCCAAGAUGUCUGCCAGCCAAUUGAAGGAUAUCUUCCAGUUCAUAGACAACGACCAGAGUGGAUACCUGGAUGAAGAUGAGCUCAAGUAUUUCCUACAGAGGUUCCAGAGUGACGCUAGAGAACUGACCGAGUCAGAGACCAAGUCCUUGAUGGAUGCAGCGGACAACGACGGAGAUGGGAAGAUUGGGGCUGAUGAAUUCCAGGAAAUGGUGCAUUCUUAAAGCCCAAGUCUUCGGAAGAAAGAGAGGAAGGGGCAUUCUGCCAGAAGGGUUCAAAAGCCCUGGGUCUGGGAUGCUCCCCACCCUACCCCGAACUAAUUUACCGAGUCCCCCUGAAGCCCUUCUGCAACGUGCUCCUUGCUUGAGGGAAUGCAAUGGUUUGUGGCUCUUCCUUCUUUGGUGGUGGUGGAUAGGUCCUGAUGACUUCUGUAAGCCCCCAUCUGGCAGACAAGGCCUUUAAAAAUCACCCAAUAAAAUAAUUUCUCACCAUU